AUGGCCGACCAACAGCCCGAAAAGACUACUGCUCCUGCUGCUGAUGCCCCAGACUCGCAGCCUACCGUCAUUACCAACACCGACACUCCCAAGGAGACGACCGAAACCACAACCGCGCAGCCUGCCGUUGAAACCCCCGUCGCUGAACCCACCACCGCAGAGACUCCCGCUGAGGCCGACAAGGCUCCCGCCGAAGGGCAGCAGCCGCCCCAGGCCGAAGAAGAGAAACCCGUCGCUGAGCAGCCGGAACAGCCAGCCUAUCUUGCCAAAAAUCCUGCCCUCGCUCAGUUCUUCGAGCGUCUCCCUGCCAUUCUCUCCAGCACCGGCCAUGCGGAGAUGUGGGGGGUCCCGCUCAAGGACUCGGACGAUGCUCCCACCGUCAACGUUCUGAUCAAGUUCCUGCGCGCGAACGAGGGCAAUGUCAAGCUGGCUGAGGAGCAGCUGACCAAGGCCUUGAAGUGGCGGAAGGAGAUGGACCCCUCGGCGCUCGCUGAGUCGACCAACUACAGCGCGGCCAAGUUUGGUGGACUGGGUUAUUUGACCGUCUACAAGGAGGCUAAUGGUGCGGAGACUGUUGUCACCUGGAAUAUCUACGGUGGUGUGAAGGAUAUCAACAGCACUUUCGGUGACAUGGAUGAGUUCGUCAAGUGGCGUGUUGCGCUUAUGGAGCUGGCAGUCAAGGAGCUGAAGAUGGCAGAGGCCACCUCCGUGAUUGACUACGAUGGCGAGGACCCCUAUCAGAUGAUCCAAGUUCAUGACUAUCUGAACGUGAGCUUCCUGCGCCUGAAUCCCACCAUCAGAGCCGCCACCAAGAAGACCAUUGAAGUCUUCACCACAGCUUACCCCGAGCUUCUCCGCGAGAAGUUCUUCGUCAAUGUCCCUGCCAUCAUGGGCUGGAUGUUUGCCGCCAUGAAGGUCUUCCUGAGCAAGAACACCACUCGCAAAUUCCACCCCAUUUCCAACGGCGCCAAUCUGGCUCGCGAGUUCCCUUCUCUGAAGGAGCAAUUCCCCAAGGUCUACGGUGGAAGCGCCCCUGCUCUUCAGGAGGGAGCGAGAACCGUCAACCUUAUCCAGGAGGAGCCUGCCCCCGCUGCCCCCGCUGCCACCGAGGCUGCGACAAAUGAGGAGCCAAAGGAGCAGAGCAAGGGGGAGGUCGCUCAGGAGGAAUCCCGGGCUGACUCUGCUCCAGAGCAGCCAAAGACUGACACUGCUGUCACGGCCCAGGAAGCCCCUGCUGCCGAGGCUAAGUGA